CAGCAGGAGAUGGAGAGGUACGGCCUGGUGCUGCCUGUGGACCUGACCUUCAUCUAAGAGAUGAUUGCAGGACCACUCAAAAAAAGACAGGGAGAACCGCACACAGAGACAGUUGAUGAGUGGCCAUAUGAAGGCCGUUCAUAGGAUAAGUCCUUCCUCUAUGAAAUUGUGGCCAACAAACCAAAUGGCAUUGAUGUGGACAAGUUUGACUACUUUGCCAGGGACUGCCACCACCUGGGCAUCCGGAACAACUUUGACCAUCUCCGCUACUUUAUGUUUGCCAGGGUGUGUGAGUUGGACGGGCAGAUGCACAUCUGCUCUAGGGACAAGGAGGUGAACAAUCUGUAUGACAUGUUCCACACAAGGUACAGUCUCCACAGAAGAGCCUACCAGCACAGUGUGAACAACAUCAUGGAGUUCAUGAUUGCAGAGGCCUUUGUAAAAGCAGACGAGCACAUCCAGAUUGAAGGCUCAGAAGAGGAGAUGUUCACUCUCUCCACAGCCAAAGAUAACAUGGAGGCCUACACCAAGCUGACAGAUUUUGUCUUUAACCAAAUACUCAACUCCUCCGAUCAGGGCUUGGUUGAGGCGAGGGAGAUUCUACAGAGGAUCAUCACUCGAAACCACUACAAGUUACUGGCUGAAACAAAGUGUAAACCAAGCCAAAUCAAGAUGUUUCCCAGGUGGAAAGAGGCAUUGCUUAGUGACCUUCAGGAGGACAGGCUAAACCCAGAGGACUUUGUAGUUUUAGACAGUACUAUGGACUAUGGGAGGAAAGACAAAGACCCAAUUGAAAAGGUGUAUUUCUACAGCAAGAGAGAUCCUACCAGAGCAUUCCAUAUCCCCAGAGAGCGGGUGUCCAGCCUCCUCCCAACAUGCUUUUCUGAGACGCUGAUCAGGGUUUACUGUAAGAAGACUGAUGAAGAGCCACUGGAGCGUGCCCGUGUGUGCUUUGGGUACUGGUGCGAAGAUAGAGGGUUGCCAGUGCCUCGGAUGGAGAGAACAAGAGCACAGAGGGGGCCGGCAGAAGAUCCUCACGGGCAGGGGGUAGGCCAAGAAGCACCACAGCAAAACCCAGAGGGAGAACAAGUUUUGGCAGAUGGAAAUUAAAACUGAAAAAAGAAGGCAAACACUCCCUGACAUCACUGGUUUAUUAUGAUUAAAAAUGAUUGAAAAUGAUUUAAAUGUUCUGUAAGGUGAGCAUGUUAACACAGCAAUGUGUAAACCUUGAGGACCCUGAAGUACUUAUAAUCAGCACUUAUAAUCAGCUUUAUUUUAGACUCUAGCUGCAGCAGUAUAUGUCACACUACCACAAUACUAUACUGCCAUUGUGUAAUUCAGCUGUCAACAAAUCAGUUGUCUUUGUCUGAAACUGAGUAUGUAUGCAGUAUAUUUUAGGGAAUUGUUGUUGUUGUGAAUUGGGAGUCUCCUAUCAAUCACAUUUAUUCUUUUUUAUGCAUUCUCUGUGUAUUCCCUCUGAUCAGGGCAAGCUGUAAAGCACUACCAACAUGUGCACUGGAGUGAAAGUGAACAUAUAAUCUGAGUUUUAGGGACAUGACAUAUCUAAAGGUGUUUGGUUUUGAUGUUAAUCGUGUGACUUAAUGUGGUAAUCAGAUCAGAUAUUAGUUUGACUUUGAGUGAUUUUUGAUUAGAGGUUGUUUUUGGUGUUGUGGUUGCAACUUGGUCAUUUUACUGUAUCUUUGCUCACCUACUGCAUUUAUCAUUAUAGCCAAAGGGCUGAAAGACACAUUCAAUUUUCUCUUAUGACUGGAAGUUGGGUGCAAAUCUUGCUCAACAAAUAUGAUCCCAAUAAGCCAAACUGGGGCGCCAUAAUUUAAGGUAAAAAUUUUGAACUUGAAAAGUCCCCUAUACCAUAAGUCCGACUUACAUGGAACUUGGCACAGACAUCUAUCUGCCUGACUACAUUUUCUGCCAUUUUCAAUAUUUUUCAAACCUAUUUAUGACAUCUCCUCCUAAACUGUAGGUCCAGUUUGUACAACUAACCAAUAAACUUUGAGUGGGCGUGGCUUAGCACAGAAAUAGGCCAAUCAUUAGGACACUUUCAGGAAUGUCAGUGCAGGUACCUCAAACAUACCCUGAAAAUCUCAUUCAAAUCGAGCACUAGAGGGCGCUACAAAUGCAGACUAGAUUUACUGCCCUGCAGUUGUCUCUGCUAACCAGUCAAGUCAAGCUUUCAUCCAUGUCUCUGCAGACUGUAUAUGUAGCCGUAGACAAUGUUUCAAAUAUGGAGAUGCAAAGAAGCUAUUUUAAAAUGUGGACACUUCACACACAUCCUCAAUCUUUGAAAACAGGCUCUUGGGAAGCACUUAGUGUUUAAUCUGUCAAUAUGAAAUAAAAUAAUUAGGAUUACUAUUAUGAUGACAUUAUAUAUCACUAUUUCUCACUGUAGUCAUACCUUAAAGCUCACUUUGCUUUCUUUGAUGUAACCAUCGUUGUGUUUUGCUAAUGGUGUGAAAAUGUAUCAGAUUCUUAAUAUGUGAUGGGUCUGUAAAGAGAAACCUACCAAAGGUUAUUAGAGCCUUUCAACUGUAUUCCUAUUGACAUGGGUUGAUAACAGAUUAUGCCUGUCUGUUUGAAAUAAAACUCUUUUUCUCUCGUCA